AUGGGAAAGUCUUGCCAUUUGCCUCUUGAGUUGGAAUAUAGAGCUAGAUGGGCAAUUAAGUUCCUAAACAUGGAGCUAAGUACAGCUCAGGAGAAGAGGGAAAUGGACCUCCACGAGCUAGAGGAGAUUCGCUUGGAUGCUUAUGAGAGUUCUCGAGAAUAUACAAGGAGAGAACUAAGGCCUUCCAUGACAAGAGAAUCACUCCCAAGGUUUUCAAAGAGGGAGAUGAUGUGCUCCUCUACAACUCAAGGCUCAAGCUAUUCCCUGGGAAGCUUAAGUGUCGCUGGUCAGGACCAUUCAAGGUCAAGGAAGUGUUACCUUAUGGAGCUAUCACUAUCGAAGGAUGCCAUUUGGGCUGUGCAAUGCCCCAGCUACAUUCCAGAGAUGCAUGACUUCCAUUUUUUCAGAUCUGAUAGAGGAGAUGGUAGAAGUCUUCAUGGACGAUUUCUCAGUCUAUGGAGCAUCCUUCUCCUCAUGAAUUGUCCUUGGACACAAGAUUUCCGAGAAGGGGAUCCAGCUAAGGUGUACGUGAUGCUGCAGCUUCCUGUGCCUAAGACUGUGAAGGACAUCAGGAGCUUUUUGGGUCAUGCUGGGUUUUACAGGAGAUUCAUAAAGCAUUUCUCCAAGAUAGCCAGACCAUUGACAAGACUUCUAUGCAAGGAAGUGGACUUUGAGUUUGAUGAAGAAUGCCUUAAGUCUUGGACCUUGCUAAAAGAUGCUCUAGUUUCAGCCCCAAUUGUCCAAGCUCCAAACUGGGAUCAUCCGUUCGAGAUUAUGUGUGAUGGUUCAGACUAUGCAGUUGGAGCAGUGCAUGGACAAAAGAUAGACAAGAAGCUCAAUGUCAUCUAUUAUGCAAGCAGAACCAUGGAUGAUGCUCAAUGCAAGUAUGCAACCACAGAAAAGGAUCUCCUUAUUGUAGUCUUUGCAUUUGAGAAGUUUCGAAGUUACUUGGUUGGGUCAAAAGUGGUUGUGCGCACGGAUCAUGCUGCCCUUAGGAACAUUUUUGCUAAGAAAGACACAAAACCCCGGCUUCUCAGAUGGAUUCUAUUGCUUCAUGAGUUUGACAUAGAGGUUGUGGACAAGAAGGGAGUUGAAAAUGGGGUUGCUGACCACCUAUCUAGGAUGAGAGUUGAGGACAUAGUCCCCAUAAACGACACCAUGCCAGAAGAGCAGCUAAUGGCAAUCAUGGUUUCAAGGCUGGGGACAGUGUGCUUUUAUUUAACUCCAAGUUGA